UGGCCUAUGCUCAGAUUGACUGGCAUGACUUUGUGGUGGUGGAGACGGUAGAUUUCCAGCCUACAGAGAUUGGUAACCUGCCACCUCCCACAACACCAGAGGAAGUUGGAGCAAGAAUAUUACAGAUGGAGAGAUUUGCCAGCGGAGGUGCACCGAUGGAUGAUGCAGUUGAAAUGGAGGUAGAAUCAGAAGGCGAGGAGUCUGAAGAAGAAUCAGAAGAGGAGGAGGAAGAAGAGGAAACUGUGAAGACAAGCAAAGCACCAGAGGAAACUCCUCGACAG